GGUGAAUUCGGUAAAUUCCUUUAGGCGGCGAUUAAUGGCGUGCCGUGUUUACUAUAGUAUUAUUUGAAUAUAACUUGGCACCAAUCAUUUUACAUCUGUUAAGCUUAACGUAAAAUUCAUGACCAAGGUGAAAGGAAAAACAACGUUCAAUUAUUUGAACCAGCAUUGCAAAUUAGAGCUUUAUUAGCAAAUCAUGAUGAUUCAUGGGCACAUGUCUUUCCAAAGUAAUCCGGUUGUUUUCCCUCCGAAGCUUCUCGUUUCCGGUCCAACAGACGAAAAUAUUAUACGGCCUUCCUUUAAAAGAUCUCAACCAGGUGUCAGCAAAAGACGUGGUCAAACGCUUUGACUGUCUUCCCGCGUCAGCUUAUGACCAAAUGAAGAUCUCCAGGGGACAACUGCAUGAGGCGAUGGAAAAGUUUACUGAUGGGCAGGAGGGUAUGGACAAACUCCGAUCCCUCUGCAGUGGCUGGGACGAUGCAACUAUUGCUGAUGUUCGAGGCAUCUUCCAGAUGCUAGAUGACAACGGCGACGGCGUUUUGGACAUGAACGAAUUCGCCGCUGAGGAAGCCGAGGAUGGCGAAGCUCCCGAAACAUGCUUCAUGGACUUCGAGUGUUUCAUGAAGCGCACCUAUGACAUGGCCCAGGACUGGACAGACGGCGGCAAAAACGAGGUGGAAGUGAACCUGGUCGAAACGUUCCUCAUGUUCGCCCAGCACGACGAGCGGGGCACCCAGUACUCGCUUAACGACCUCAAGAACCUCUUCUACGUCAACAACUUCUACGUGCGGAAGAUACGGAGUCAAAGCAUAGGAUUCCAGAUUCAGAACGGAUUUAUAUAAAUGACAUGUUCUAUAAUGUCUCGCUGUGCGCUCAGUGCACGACCACGCACUGAGUGUGUAAAUAUGGUACAUAUGUGUAGAAAUGACUUGAUCGUGUAAAUGUUUGUUGCAUUUGUGAGCAAUUGUAUCAAUGAAUUGAAGCUGUGCGAACCCAAAGCGUGAUUCAAAGGGUAGCCUGGUCCUUGGUUGUUUCCCUGCGGCCGUUCAUGUUCGUACCUAUAAGUAAUCAUAAAAUGAAUACAAUCUACUGAAUGUU